AUGAAUACACACAAAUUAGCUAUGGAGCCAAAUGAAGCGGGCAGUUCAUACUUGAUGCACCUCGAUCUAAUCUCUAAAACCAUCGAGGCCUGGUUACACUAUAUACCAAUGACCGCCGGGCUGGCUGAAUGCCUAGAAGCUGUCACGGCGCUUGCUGAUAAUGAAAUGGAAUCAUUCAAAAAACUUACAUCAAAAUCAAUCCACCUAGAACGUGUUUCCAAACAGGAUGACUUGAAAACCAACACAGCCAAGCACAAAAGUAAUAUACUUCAUACCCCAUCAAUGAGUUCAUUUAAAUCUCUAGCGACGCUGGAUAUCUAUAUGACUCCACUGGACAAGGUGGACGAUGCACUCAGUGUGUCUGGAGCACUGCGCCAUCUGGUCAACACUCAACAAGAUACGUCUCCGACACUGAAUAUGCCCCAGACCAACAAAAGAGCUCGCACACCGGACAAGAACAUGAGGAUCAAUCGGUCUCCCCGCCGUUCUGCAAGGCUCUCUUGCUCUGCAAAGAAGGUUACUACUCAAAGGUUGGAUCCAUUCGCCUCUGAUGGACCAUCAACCUCGGGAUGUGUCAAAAGGCAAAAGACGCAAAUUUCUGAUAGCCAAGAGGUUCAUCAUCCUACACACCGCUUGCCAACCGCCUCACCAUCUCCGAGUCAAAGCGCGAGAAUUGUACCUCCCACACCGGAGAUCGAUCUACAUCUCAGCAAAUCUGUCAAAAAACGAACCAUUCUUGUCACCGAAGUUUCCGCGAUACACAAGGCCUCACUUGUAUUAUUCAACACUUUGACAAAAGGCUCUUGCACUCAAUUCAACCCAGAUGAGUUGCUUUCUCAUCCUGUGACCUUCAGCAGCACAGGAGAGCCACGCAUCCAUGAAAAAUUAUUCACGACCAACAAGGGAACAAUAUGGUAUCAGCCACAGAUCUUCAAUUUUCUCACAAUCUCAACUUCUUUGCCGCCAGUUGGAAUUUUGAUUCAUGAGCGUUACCUGUGGGAGACGAUCAAAUUCUUUCACAAACCAAGUCCACAUUUUCUCGAACGGAGUAUGCACUACGUCCUGGCAGCGCUUGUUCUGAUAGGAACUGAUGCAAACAGGAUUCUCCCAGCCACUCAAAUCCCUCACCAAGCAGCUAUGUCUUCUGGGACCCGUAAUGCUGUCACAUGCUGGCACCACUUCAAAGAACUUUCCUCACUCCAAUCAAAUAAAAUUGUAGAUGAAAAAUCGGCAACCCCCGGUGGCUGUAUCGAGGAUCUGGACCGGUUAAUAAUGUUGAUCUACACAAUGAUUGAAACAUUUGCAAGCAUAUGGGCCUCAACAACCCUCGAUGAAGAAAUCUCAAGACUGACAAACCUCAUAGCCAGUGCUGAAUCACCCAAAUCCGCGGAGGCCCUCACGACACUGAAAGAUGAGCUAACUGCAACUCGUAGUCAAAUCGUCAUAUCACCCAACAAUCUCCCAGCGCUUGCGAGCUUUCUCUGUUGCGGCGUCAAAGGCUUGAUGAUUUUCCCCAAAGACAAACACACCUUUGGGCCUCUCCGUGCAAUUAACUUCUUGCUUGUCACAGCUGAUCUCACAAAGCAGGGCCAAACGGUAGAAGAACCGAUCUGGAAAAGAACACAAGCAUACAUAGUGGACUUUAUGAAAGGCGUGAUUCAAUCAAGCAGAGAAUGGGUUCCAUGCGAAGUCAAUCGGUAUCAUCUGGCAAAGGCGCUGUUCCUUGAUUUUUCAGAUUUUUUUCUGGCGCGUGAUAUAAGAAAAAUUCCGAUACCAACGACGAGGAACUAUAAGGUCUCGGACAAGGAAUGUUCCUAA